AUGGCUUCCUUCACCACACAGGCCGACGCCAUUCGGAGCGCCGUCACAUCCAUUCAGACAUGCACACCCACCAUAUCUGCCACAUUGAAAGAACUUUUAUUAGGCGCCGACGCCCAAGGAGACCUCACGAAACCCCCACCGAAACCGAAAACAACGAGAACAACAAAACCCAAAACAACGACGACGACAAAGCGAGCCCCUCCGGCCAAGGCGCAAAGCCCACAGCAAGAUGGACCAGACGCCAGCGGCCUUUCCUCCAAGGAGAAGGCACUCUUGGCCACCCAGGUCAUAAACGCGACCUUGAAGACUCUCGGAGAAGCAGCCAAGAAUCCCUCGCCAAGAACUGUUGCGCAAACAUGUGCAGAUGGAAAACCUGUCAAGUCUACGGCGAGGGCUAGGCCCAGACGAUCUAACUCGGUGCCUAUGACACCUCUUCAACCGCGGACCCUUAACAGGGUAUCAACGACCCCCAUGACGGCAAAGAUUACCAGGACACCUGCAAUAUCAGCAGCCUCGAGCGGGUGUUUGGCCACCGUCGAGUGUGCCCGCGCAGCCUUUACAGCCCUACGAACCUUGUCGAACGCCGGCAAAACUGCCCUGCCAGAACUGCAAUUGGAGUCGGGAAUGUCCUCAUUCAUCAGCAAGCUGAUCGCGCUGAACCUCUAUGAACAUGCCCUCAAGGAGUUGCGCUUGCUCAAGCGUCGCCUGGAAGCCAUGGCCAGUGGUGCCGCUGGCAAGAAAUCCAAGCCAGCCACGACAGCCGAGCCAGCUUCUGCCGCCAAAACAUUUUCUGACCUUUUUGACUAUCCUGCAGUUGGUGUUGGUGGACCUGUCCUUGCCCUGAUCAUAUCUAGUCAGCUCCAGGCUUUGCGCAUCUUGUACGGGUUGAAGAAAUCGUCACAUCUGGACACGGCUCUACCCUUCCUCCUGGCGAGCAGUCCGUCAUCACCAUCAAGUCUUUUGCUCCUUUCUUCGAAAGACGAGAAACCGGACCGUGUCAAAUGCGCGAGGCAGCUGGAAAACUUGGCGCAGAGCCUUCUAUCACUCACGCCGAGCGUUGCGUCUAGAGAUGAUGCUAUAGCUAUGGAACCGAGAUUGAGCCCUUCGCCCGAAACGACCAUUCAGAUACAGUCUUUAGCAUUGGUAACGCGGCUGCAAUCUUGGGGUUUGUCUGGCCACAAAGGAAAUGUCGAUAAUGAUAUCCUGCUUCCUCUCUCGAAAUGCUUGUCAGCGUGUUCGCGGAGGAGUGUGCUAGAGCCCCUGGCAAAAUUCGACAACAUCAGCCACGCUUUCAAGCAAAUCUCUUCAAUGAUAGAGACUGUGGGAGCCCGUCCGUCCGAAUCCUCGAAAUCACCGCUGGCUGCCAUUUACCAAGUGCUUGGAACAGCCUCCAGGGAUGCAGGCAAUUUCAAGGAAGCCUUGGUGUGCAUGAAGAAACUCAAAGCGGUCACGACACCGCAAGAAGAUUCACCAGCACGUUGUUGUUCCGUCACGGCACAGCUAAUCGCGCUCUCACUCAAACAGUCGCCAUCAUGUGUCAGCGAAACCCUGCUGAUAGAGGUCCUGGAGGGCUUGCAAGGCUCACUCAGUGGCAGCUCUACCGAGCUGGAUGAUUUGCUUAUCAGCGUUUGCCUAGUACGAAAAGCCGCAAUACACCUAGUUCUCAGCGACACACAAUUGGGGAAAGAAUCGGCGGCGAUACGGGAUAACCUCGAAUCAAUAAUAUUGCAACUACCACGAUUUGCUUCGAGGUGGCUCGGAAAGCCACCAGCGGCAGACAGCUCAACCAAGGAUCUAUUACGUUUCGAGCAGCGGCGGCAGCUUCUUUCCAAAUACAUCACUCCUAUAAUCGAUUCUGCGCUCAUGCUAGUAAAGUUUUUGUUGGACAGAAGCAAAAUUACAUGGGAAGUCAUGGACCCCAUACUUCAAGAUAGCCUAGUGGUUCUGGAACACAUGGGAGAUCUCGCCUUACUCAGCAUCAAAAACAAUGCGGCCGCCUCUUAUCACGUUAAAAUCUCACAUUUCUACUACCAGCAACACGUUGCUUUGCGGCAAAACCCAAAAGUCAAGGACAGCCAAUCUCUACUCGCUCUACGCCGAUCAAUCGAAGCCGUCAAACAAAGAUCCGAAGCCGAGCAGGUGAAAGCGCAACUUCUAGCCAAACAGGAGCGUCUGGUCGAGCUAUGCAGGACUUCUGGUCGGAGAGAUGACGCUACAGAUACUUUACGGUCCAUCAGAGAUACACUAGUUCGAGAGGAUGUUAUCACACAGGUCACUGCAGCAUUAUCAAGCCAAAGCGUCCUUCAAGCGUGGAUGUCUGCCGACAAGGUUGCGUCACUGUCCAAGACAGUGUGUAACCUGGCUAAAUUGGAUCAAAACCCUUGCGACUGGACAUGGCUGCUGACCGGUUCAGAGAAGGCAACAGCACUAGAGCACGAUCUGUACUUUAUCUACUCUCGUGAUGCAAGGAGUCGGAGGCAGCUGAAACCAGGCGACGCAUAUGUCGGCAAAUUACUUGGCGCGUUCGAUGCUCACACAUAUCCUAUCAGACAACUCCGAACACUCGUCCAGCUGAUCUCAGUAAACCUGGACUCCCCAGAAAAUGUCUUUCAGUGGCAAGAACAGGCCGUAGCUUUGUCUGCUUCCAUCGAUGUUGAGAUGCUUGCACAGGAUUCCGGGUUGGCUCAUUUUCUCCCUCAUCUUCAGGCACUGACAACAUGCAUCACCGCGCUUGUUAAUGGCGAACUUGAAGUGUCAACUAUACAGAAAGCGUUGAACAUGUGGAAUUCUGUGCUUGAACAGUCGCAUACCACGGACGACAUCUACAAGUAUAUCGACAAUCCGGCCCAGCUUGUAACGAUCCUCCAAGGCCUUGCUGACUUUGCCAGAAUGAGAGGAUGCAAUGGCUUGCUGGGAUCGAUUUUGUCUGUUUCGGCAGCUGUCUCGAGGAAAAGUGGCGACGAUAACCCUGAGCUGUUCCUUUCCCAAAACACAGCGCUAUGCCUUCAGCAUCUCACCCUCGGUCAUUCGAAUAAAGCGGAAGAAGUUUUGGUUGCGACGCUGAAGUUUCUGGGACAACAAGCCGUGUCUCCUGAGGCUACGGCAAACCUGCAUCUCUGCUCGGCUGAGUUCCAGAUGGCUAUUGGAAACUUCGACCUUGCUGAAAAGUGUUUAGCUGAUGCUUAUACUGCUGCUACAAGUCCGGCUUCCGACAGGUUUCCAAAAAGCAGUCGUCUCGCAAAAAAGUUGUCUCUAGCAUACGCAUCUUUUCUGCACUCGAUGCUUGCACUUGAGCGUGGUCAGUCGCAUCAUGCGUUACAACAAGCCAAGCACGCCGUGCGAAUUCUUUUUCACGAUUGGGUAAAGCUUGAAACCUUGCGUGGCGCAGCUUUGGAGCACAACGACGAGGUGUCACAGACCGAACUGAUGGAAGUCGACUCUAGCUUUAAUAGCUCACAAUGCUCUCAAGCAGAAAGUAACCGAGCCAACACGGGUCCAGAGUUCUGGGCCAUGGUGUAUCCCUUGUUCCGAUUUGUCAUGCGGCUUUCUUCAGUAUACGCGCAUGUCGGAAUGUACCAGGAAACCAUAUAUUAUGCCGAACAGGCGCAGAAGAUUGCGGUUAGUACUGGAUCUUUGGGUCAUGUUUCGCAAUCGCAACAUUGGUUAGCCUCAGUAUUAAUGACCGCCGGCAAGCCUGAACAAGCUCUUGAAUUGGCAGCCAAAGUUAAAGCGGCUUUGCUUGAGAUCGAGCCUACUUAUUCCGCCAUCGAGAUGACUUGCCAAUUGAGUCGAAUAUACCGUGAUGCCUCAGAUUACGACACCGAACUGCAUCUCAUGAACAUGGCAGAGUCGAUGUUGCAGAAGUUGAGUGCUACCAACGCAGAAGUUGUUCCACUUGAAGUCGUGGCUCAGAUGGAAAAGCUUACGAUCAAAGAGAAGCCGGCUACAAAAGCUACUGUGAGGCAAAUCAAGCCGAGAACGGCAACGGCGACCAGGAAGGCCGCGGUAAAGAAAAUCGGUGCUACGAGAGCGAAGAUACCUGCGGAAUCCAAGGUUCUUGUAGCUGCGGAAGAUACGCAGCUAGCAUUCCUGCGGGCAUCUAUCUUGCAUCAGAAGUCUGUGGCAUCUCUUGACAGCAAAGACUGGUCGGCAGCUGUCACGUCACUCCAGACUGCAUAUGAACUUUCCAAGUUGUCAACCGAUGUUACACAAGAGCGGUUACUCAUGGCUAUUGCACUUGUUGGCCAGAGCUUGGAGCAAAUGGGCAAAGACUCUGUCUUCUCUGUGAUCCAGGACUCGACUUUGUCGUUUCCUGCCAUUGCCAGUUCGCCGAAGGACAAGUCAGAUCGACAGCCAUCAGUAAAGGCAACGCCGCCGCGAAAGACGCGCCCCGCUGCGGAUCCUAGCUUUCUGAGCAACCUACAACAAGCCCAAGAUUAUCUGCUCGAAGCACAUUCCAUUGCGAGUCUCAACGGUAAUGCGAGGCUUGUGUAUCGAAUUGCUGCCUUGCUUCAAAAUGUCUUCAUUCUCCUGUCGACAACAUGCCCUACAAGAUCAUCCGGCAUUGGGCAUCCUGCCCAUGCUACGUGUUCGAUUGAGUUAGCCCGAAACUUGGUUUGGCGUCGCGAACGCAAGACUCUCCGACUUGAUCUCGAUAAGUCUGAAAAGGCGGAAUGGCCAGUAUUGAUGCAAGCCGCGGAUCCCCGACGAUCCAGCCUAGGCUUCUCCGUUGACAUGAACCGAUUUCAGCGUGAAUACGUUGACAUCAUACCCAAAUCAUGGAAUGUGGUUUCUAUUUCUUUAAGCGACAAUAAGCACGAUCUUUGCAUCACCAAGCUUCAGGCCGAUCACAGUCCAUUUGCCAUUCGACUUCCUCUAGAACGCGCCAGCUCAAGGGAUGCAGACUCCGAGGUUUUUGAUUUCCUACAAGGUCGUACAGAAAUGGUUGAUAUCAUUCAAGUGGCUAACCGGACUUGCCACGAUGCUCGCGACAUGAGUCAAAAGGGAGCAAAGUCAGCAUGGUGGGCGGAGCGUGAGGCUUUGGACGAGCGAAUGAAGGAUCUACUAGAGAACGUUGAACAAACCUGGCUCGGCGGAUUUCGUGGCAUCUUUGCGCAGCACCAUCGCCGGUCCGAUCUACUUGCAAGGUUCCAAAAGAGCUUCCACAACGUCCUUGACAAGCAUCUUCCUUCCAGACAGCAAGUCCGUGGCAAAAGAAGCAAGACCGCAUCUACUACCAAAGUCUCGCUCGACCCAAGGAUUUUAGAUCUGUUCAUCGGCCUGGGUGACGCUACGAUUCCGGAUUGCGAUCUUGACGAGCCACUCACAGAUCUUUUGUACUUUGUCGUGGACAUUUUACAGUUCCAUGGCGAACGCAAUGCGUACGACGAAAUCGACUUUGACUCAAUGGUGGUGGAGACUUUCGAUGCACUACACUCAUACCAUGCUGCAGUUAAGGGAACCAGUCAGGGCGAUGAGAACGUGCAUACCAUCCUUGUGCUAGACAAAGCCCUGCAUAUCUUCCCUUGGGAAUCACUACCCUGCAUGCAAGGCGUUGCUGUGUCACGGAUUCCCUCGCUGGCCUGUCUCCGGCGCUCCAUCUUAGAGCAGCGGGCAUCCCCUGUCCAGCAUUUCGAGGCUGGAGAAGAUGGAGAAAUGCACAGCAGCGCCUCCAACAAUGGGCAUCACAUCUCUCUGCAUUCUGGAACAUAUAUUCUCAACCCCGGCGCCGACCUAAAGUCAACAGAGGCUACCUUUGCUAAACCCCUAGCCGCACUGCCACCAACCUGGUCUACCAUUGAGACUCGCGUUCCAACCGAGUCCGAAUUUGAGAAAUCGCUAACGCACUCUGACCUUCUCCUCUACUUCGGUCAUGGCUCGGGUGCCCAGUACAUCCGAGGCCGCACAAUCCGGAAGAUGGAGAAGUGCCGUGCCGUUGCCCUGCUCAUGGGUUGUUCAUCAGCGAGUCUUGCCGACGUCGGUGAUUUCGAGAGCCAUGGCCCGGUUUGGAACUACAUGCUCGCAGGCAGUCCGGCCGUCGUCGGUACACUGUGGGAUGUCACAGAUCGUGAUAUCGACCGCUAUGCAGGCAAGGUCUUCGAGGAGUGGGGAUUGAUGCCAAAGGGCACUUUUGCAGAGGAUGGACCGAACGAAAGCGACGAGAUGCGGAGUGGUGCGAAGACGAGUCUUGUGCAGGCGGUGGCCAAGGCCAGGGAUGCGUGUCGCUUUAGAUAUCUCACUGCGGCUGCGGUCGUGGUGUAUGGCAUUCCAGUGUACAUCAGCAAGUGA